AUGAGGAAGGACUGGAAGGGCUCAUCCAAGUUUCCCUCCCUAUACAGUCAUCAGGACCAAGCCGGGAAGCUUGAAGAACUGCAAGUCUCCGCGUCGGGUGGCACAGAGGAUGUUGGCAAUUUGUUGGAGAAUCAUUUCUCUGCUGGAGACGCAAGUCUAGAGGAGAAAGAAAGGGCGCUUUAUGCAGACACAGCCCCUCAAGACAAGAAACUGCUCCUUCACUGCCCAGAUGGCAGGGAGGCCGAGAGCCCCGAGAAGACCCCCGUGUCUGCCCCCGGCCCGGGCUCCGAUCCUGAAGCCAGCCUUUCCAAUGCCUCAGCCACAGAGUCACCUCCACCUGGGGAAAAGGACAACAGGGACUCUGCGGGGCCUGGGGAGAAAAAGAAUGGCCCACCAGUGGCAAGCGCCCUCCCUCCAGGAGGGGCCGAGGGGCCUGUGGAAGAGGAGUGGCCGGAGCCCAGUUCUGGAGAGGGAAUAGCAGAGGAGGAGACUGGGCUUGGGCUCCCCACGGAGGGAGCUGCCAGUGGAGAGGCAGGAGAACAGGCUGGGGGCCAUGAACUCCCUGAGGAAGUCCAGGAGGUCCCAGGGGACAGCCCGGUGCAGGAAGCAAUGGCAGGGACAGCAGAGCCAGAGGCAGAGGGGGCCUCUCCUCGCUCAGAGGGUGAUGGGUUCCACUCACUGAACACAGAGGCCGAGGGCAGCCCUGGGCCUGGCCAGGAGCCUGCAGUGCCAGAGGGAGCCCCUGAUGUCGCGACUAUUGUGCGAGAGUCGGAGCCGGAUAUUGACACAGAAGCCAGUGAGGGCACCGAGGACCAGGGGGAGCCCGGCCCAGCUGCAGAGGCCAGUACAGAGCCUGGGGGCACCCAGAGCGCCAAGGCAGGGGACACUGAGGAGAACCAGGCCCCAGAGAUGACCGAGGAGGACGCAGAUGAGGCCUCCUCUGAAGAGGAAAGUGGCGAUGGAGGUGAAAGCGAGGAAGAAGGAGGAGUUCCCUCUGAAGAGGAGUCUGAAGAGGACAGCGGCGAUGGGGCUAGCUCAGAAGAAGCAGAGGGCACCUCUGAGGAGGCCACGCAGACCCAGGAGGCCGAGGAGCCCCAGGAAGCCAGGGAACCCCAGGAAGGCAGGGAUCUCCCAGAAGCCGAGGAGCCCCAGAAAGGUGGAGCGCCACAGGAAAGUGGGGAGCCCCAGGAAGCUGGGGAGCCCCAUGAAGGUGGAGAUCUCCAGGAAGUCGGGGAGCCCCACGAAGGCGGAGAUCUCCAGGAAGCUGGGGAGCCCCAGGAAGGCGGGGAGCUUCAGGAAGCCACAGAAACCACAAGCCACAGGGACAGAGGGGCCCAGCCUGGCUCGGAGGAAUUGAAUACGGAGUCCGUGGACAGUGAGACCCUGGACAUGAAGGCAGAGGAGCCCGAGGAGGGACAUCAGGGGAGGGAGAGUCCCAUCAUUGCUGCCCAGGAAGAGACGGAGGAUGCAAAUGAAGAAGCCCCACUGAGGGACCGCUCCCACAUCGAGAAGACCCUCAUGCUGAAUGAGGACAAGCCAUCUGAUGACUACUCUGCGGUGCUUCAGCGGCUUCGGAAGAUCUACCACUCAUCCAUCAAGCCCCUGGAGCAGUCCUACAAGUACAAUGAGCUCCGGCAGCAUGAGAUCACAGAUGGAGAGAUUACCUCCAAGCCCAUGGUGCUGUUCCUGGGACCGUGGAGUGUUGGUAAAUCUACCAUGAUAAACUACCUCCUUGGGCUGGAAAAUACUCGCUAUCAGCUCUAUACAGGUAAUCAAUCUUCUUGUGUGAUUUUCACGGUCCUCAUGCACGGGCCCAAGCUGAAAACCAUUGAGGGCAUCGUCAUGGCUGCUGACAGCGCCCGCUCCUUCUCACCCCUUGAGAAGUUUGGCCAGAAUUUCCUAGAGAAGCUGAUUGGCAUUGAGGUUCCCCACAAACUUCUGGAGAGGGUCACUUUUGUGGACACACCAGGCAUCAUCGAGAACCGCAAGCAGCAAGAAAGAGGAUAUCCCUUCAACGACGUGUGCCAGUGGUUCAUCGACAGAGCUGACCUCAUCUUUGUCGUCUUUGACCCAACCAAGCUGGAUGUGGGUCUGGAGCUGGAGAUGCUCUUCCGCCAGUUGAAGGGGCGUGAGUCCCAGAUAAGGAUCAUCCUGAACAAGGCUGACAAUCUGGCCACCCAAAUGCUCAUGCGGGUUUACGGGGCCCUCUUCUGGAGCCUGGCCCCUCUCAUCAAUGUCACAGAGCCCCCAAGGGUUUACGUCAGCUCCUUCUGGCCACAAGAGUAUAAGCCAGACACCCAUCAGGAACUGUUCCUCCAAGAAGAGAUCUCCCUCCUGGAAGACCUGAAUCAGGUGAUCGAGAACAGAUUGGAGAACAAGAUUGCCUUCAUCCGCCAGCACGCCAUCCGGGUCCGCAUCCACGCCCUCCUGGUUGACCGCUACCUGCAGACUUACAAGGACAAAAUGACCUUCUUCAGUGAUGGAGAACUGGUCUUUAAGGACAUUGUGGAAGAUCCUGAUAAAUUCUACAUCUUCAAGACCAUCCUGGCAAAGACCAAUGUCAGCAAAUUUGACCUUCCCAACCGUGAGGCCUAUAAGGACUUCUUUGGCAUCAAUCCCAUUUCCAGUUUCAAACUGCUCUCCCAGCAGUGCUCCUACAUGGGAGGUUGCUUUCUGGAGAAGAUUGAGCGGGCCAUCACUCAGGAGCUUCCGGGCCUCCUGGGUAGCCUCGGGCUAGGGAAGAAUCCAGGUGCUCUCAACUGUGACAAAACAGGGUGUAGCGAAACCCCAAAAAAUCGCUACAGGAAGCACUAGGUGGUAUAGCGGUUCUUGGGUUCCUGUUGGUGAAUGAGCUUGUGUCCUGUCUGAGAAGUCCCGGUUUAUUAACCCUUUGAGCCACAGUGGCAGGAAUUAUUACAUAGUGGAGAUUUGGGAGUUCAUUGAGGCCAGGGGUCGGGGCAGGUGCGUGGGUCUAGGGAGGAGAGUGGAAACUGUGAAUUCUAGCGUGCUUGUCUUGUCGCUUCAAUGAGGAGGCCUCAUUGAGGCAAGUCAGCCUCCACCUGCUUUUCCUGGGUCCUGUCUUGGAAGGACAGAGAGCAGCUAAAUUGUAGUGUGUCUUCAAUCGGUGAGGGUCAAAAAAGCGAAAAGCAGCUGAAAUUCCUUGUCCCCUGGGAGCUGGGAAAACAGCGAAGGCCUGAGUCGUAGAGAUUGUCAGGUCCCUUUUGGCUUCUUUCCACACCCACAGUCUCGCGUUUGUUCCCUUGGCUGCCUCUUAACUUUGGGCUGACUUUCAACAGUGAACAAUCUCUUGGGUCUGAAUAUACCUGGGUUUGUUUUUGUUUUUUUUGAAACGGAGUCUCGCUCUGUCGUCCAAGCUGGAGCGCAGUGGCGCCAUCUCAGCUCACUGCAACCUCCGCCUCCUGGGUUCAAGCGAUUCUCCUGCCUCGGGCUCCCGAGUAGCUGAGAUUAUAGGCCUACUACCACGCCCAGCUAAUGUUUGUAUUUUUAGUAGAAACAGGGCUUCACCAUGUUGCCCAGGCUGGCCUCAAACUCCUGACCUCAAGUGAUCCACAUGCCUCGGCCUUCCAAAGUGCUGGGAUUACAGGCAUGAGCUGCCGCACCCGGCCUCCACCUGGGUUUUGAGCCAAUCCCCAGGACUUGCUCCUGGUUUCCUCAAGGGGUGGGGCAGUGGUUUAGGACACUAGACAAGUAAGAACAGGAGUUCCCAGGAAGGACGAGGAUCUGCCUCCCCCACUGCCACUUCUCUGGUGUGUUCCUCAAAGCUCAGGGGCACGAUCCCCAGGAGGAGGGGACUGGUUGGUGUAUCCAGGUAAUUAACUCUUGGAAGUUACUUUAGUGAAGGUCGUGGAAGGGCUCAGAGGGUUAAUUGGUUUGCAGUGUGUCUUUGUCUAUUGCAUGUCUUGGAAAACUCAGAUCCCAAAGGCGCUGGGUUUCAGAGAGGACAGUGGAGACCUUGCUCCUUUUCCUUAGGCCGCCAGUCUCUCCCAAAUUUCAGAGGAGGCUGUUCCACGACUCCCCUGUGGAAACACUCAGCAGCGGAGUUGCUCCUUCGCGGUUUCCACAUCACGGCUUUUCGUUUCCUUUCUUCUCCAUUCCCUGAUGCAUCAACACUUAAAACUCGGAGCAAUUUCCUAGGAGUCAGAACCAGCACCAGCCACUCAGUGUCGGCGGCCACCAAGGCUUAACAUUGACCUUCCCGCCUGACCUUGACGCAGAUGUCCACUGAACACACCGCAGGAAAGCCAGGGCCUUCAGUACCGAUGAGUGUGAAUAUGUGUGUAUGUUGGCCAAGAGAUAUUAGGGAGAUCACAUAGACUCGAGGGAGUAGAGAGCUUGUAACAGUCUUGCAAGGCUAUAGCAUGCACGGCUCUGCAGCAGGUGGUGGGGAGCAGAGGAGCAGGCCCCGCAGGGAAGAAGCAGCCUUUGGAUGGUGAAAUGUGCGUGGUGCACAGUCUGUGCACGCCCAGGAGACCCAGCCCGGGCUGCCUCGAGGGACUCCUUUGUGCACAGCCAGCCGCUUCUCUUGGGAACAAGCUGUCCUGGGGGCCUUACCCACAAGGCAGGAGUCAGGAUGCACCAGCUCAGCACCAGGAAGUCAUCCUGGAGCAGAAGGACAGUGGAAAGGCAGGCAGAGGGAGAGGCACUCCGAGGUCAGG